GGUCUCUCUCCCAUUCCUUCUUCUAUUUAUAUCUCUGCACUUCCAUAGAAUUCCCUUAUAAUUCUCAAUCCAAAUCAAUCAAAAAUGGCAACUUUUCAACUCAUCACUCUCUUCAUCCUUCUCCUCACUUCUCCUGUUUUCCCCGCCACUUUCACUAUAAACAAUCUCUGUUCCUACACAGUUUGGCCCGGAAUACUCUCCGGCGCCGGCACUUCCCCCCUCUCCACCACCGGUUUCUCUCUCCAAUCCGGUGAAUCCCUCCUCAUCGACGUCCCCGCCGCCUGGUCCGGCCGAUUAUGGGGCCGCACGCUCUGUACAACCGACACCACAACAGGUAAGUUAUCCUGCGGCAGCGGCGACUGUGGUUCCGGCACGGUAGAGUGUAACGGUGCCGGAGCAGCUCCACCGGCCACAUUGGCAGAGUUCACAUUGAACGGAGCUGGUGGACUUGAUUUCUAUGACGUCAGCCUUGUCGACGGUUAUAAUCUACCCAUGCUUGUUGUCCCACAAGGAGGCGGCGGCAGUGAAAAUUGUACCUCAACGGGAUGUCUUGUGGAUUUAAACGAAGCGUGUCCGUUGGAACUUCAAGUGACGGCGGAGAAUGGCGGCGCGUGUUUAGCGUGUAAGAGCGCGUGUGGAGCGUUUGGAGAUCCGAAAUAUUGUUGUAGUGGGGAGUACGCGACGCCGGAUACUUGUAAACCGACUUAUUAUUCUGAGUAUUUUAAGACUGCUUGUCCACGCGCUUAUAGUUACGCGUAUGAUGAUGGUUCUAGUACCUUCACUUGCGCCUCCGCUAAUUACGUCAUCACUUUCUGCCCUGCCCCUCUCGCCAGUAAGAAAUCCGGGAUACAGAAUCCGGCGGCGGCGGCAGCCACGACGGCCAACUUCGAUCCGAGUUCGUCGAAUCAGGAGGCUAUCUCUUACUAUUACUCACUCUUACUAAUGGUUAUUUUUCUUUUCCAUUGACCUGCCGGUCCGGCUAAUCGGCGGCCAAAUUGGGAUUGUAAAAGUUUCUAUCUUUGUUACAAGAACAGAUCAUGAUUGAGAGAGAGAGAACUGAUUUUGAUGGCUUACGUGGGAAAGAAGAAGACAAGUUGGUGAUUACGUGCAAGGAAAAUACAAAUUAUGUAUUAUUUUUAUAUUUUAAGUAGGUUAAUAUUAGCUUAGCUUAGGGUUUUAUUUAUUUAUUUAUUUUGAUUAUGAUACGAUGAGAGAUUGAAAUUUUAAACUAGUAUGAUCCUCUUGUAUUAUUUAGAUGUGACAUGAUUAAUUAUGUCCUUUCAAAAGAAAUAAAAUUGAUAAAAAAUAAUAUCACUUGAUCUUA